AUGUUGCAGCGGACGCUGAGUGCAUGGCGCAAGUCGCGCGUGGCACGGGCUAAGGAAGGCCAUGAGGAGCUACAAGAAGUGCUGGCAAAGAUGCGCAAGCUCGGGCAGCGUGGCGAGACGCUGGAGCAGUUCAAGGAGUCGCCUUUGGUGUCCAAGCUUCGCUCGCCCGUGCAGUAUCAUGGCCUAGGGAACAUGAUCUACAGUAAUGCCGGUGACAACGACGAGGAGGUUCAGAAAGCGUUAUACGUGUGGAAGAUGGCAAUGAAACAGGGAAGUGAUAAGGCCAAGUACAGUUAUGCGUUGUGUAUGAAAAAAGGCACUGGUUUCAUGAAAAAGGAUGCAAUGGGUGCUACUAGGCUCUUCAAGGAGUUAGCGGCUUCUGGGCAUGGGUGGGGUACUUUUGCGUACGCUGACGCCUUGUAUAAUGGUGAAGGCACGCGCAAGAAUGAGAAGAAGGCCUUUGAGCUGUACAAGAAGUGCGCUGAAGUUGGCAUUCCACCUGCUUAUAUGAACGUCUGCAACAUGUACACGUACGGAACAGGGACGGAGAAGAACGAAGUGGAAGCCUUGAAAUGGUUGACCAAGGCGGCGGAAGCUGGCGACCCGUCAGCUAAAGCCCGAUUGGGCGAAUACUACUUGCAUGGCAAGGGGGGCGUGCAGAAGGACUUGAAUCGCGCUAUCCAGUACUGGAAGGUGGCAGCAAGUGCAGGCAUCACCAUGGCGCAGUAUAACUUGGGCCACCUGUACCUCACCGGGGAUGGUGUACCGCAGGACUCGUUGCAAGCUGAGGCACUCUUUAGCAAGGCAGCUGAGAAAGGGUUUGUGAUGGCAAUGGUGAACCUCGCGCAGAUGUAUCGCUAUGGCUAUGAAAAGGUGCCUAAGGACCUGGAGAGAGCGCGCAAGUGGCUAAAGCUCGCCGCACCGCAUGAUCCAAAUGCAAAAGAGCUACUGAAGGUGCUAACGGAACCAAUUGCCGCCAAGAAGUAA